CCAACCUCCAUCUCCUCACUCCUCCCACCUUAUCCUGCUGUCCUGCUUCUAGAACCCUCAGAUUAAUCUAAAAACCGGCUUUUCCUAGCUCCACGUACUGUACCUCGCACUGAUCCCCAUCUCCACCCACUCCAACGCUACCGAUCUAGCCUUCUCUGCCGGCUCCAGGCGGCAGGCAACCCAACCAGCCCCUCGAUGGAUCAGCACGACGACUUCGACAGCGUCUCGUGGAGGCAUGACCCGGACAGUGAUCUCUCGCGACCUACGACGUCCGGGACAGAUACAGAGGAACAGGAACCAUACACUCACGAUGUCAAUGGCAAACGGAGGAUGAGCAACGCUGAAGAGAGCCCCCAGGCUGGGCCACUGGCGGAUGCUGUCGACCUGGCGGGUAUUGGCGACGGUGUGCUAGAGUGCCGGGUAGAUUCGCCGUUGAAAGAGAAUGAUGGGACAAAAGACGCUUAUAUUUCAUAUCUGGUUACUACUACGACCGAUUUCAAGUCCUUCCAGAAACCCGAGUUCACCGUGCGACGCAGAUUCACCGAUUUCUAUUUCCUAUACAAGACGCUUUAUCGCGAAUACCCUGCCUGUGCCGUCCCGCCGCUGCCGGAUAAGCAUAAGAUGGAGUAUGUUCGCGGCGAUCGGUUUGGACCCGAGUUCACCACCCGACGGGCAUGGUCUCUACAUCGCUUCUUGAAACGGCUUACGCUGCAUCCCGUGCUUCGGCGCGCGCCGUUGCUGGCCAUCUUCUUGGAAUCUCCCGACUGGAAUGCACACAUGCGGUUGCGAUCCACGCGCAACUCGACCAGCACCUCGGACGGCAGCGGGGUUCCUGGGAUCUUUGACAACUUUACCGACACCUUUGUCAACGCUUUCACUAAGGUGCAUAAGCCGGAUAAGCGGUUUAUUGAAGUGCGGGAGAAGGCGGAUAAACUGGAUGAGGACCUCAAUCAUGUGGAGAAGAUUGUAGCCCGGGUGGCUCGGCGAGAAUCGGAUCUCGAGGCAGACUAUAAUGAUCUGGCUACGCAGUUCCGCAAACUAGUGCCCCUAGAACCGGAGGUGGAGGUCCCCUUACAAGUCUUUGCAGCCUCGGUAGAGGAGACGGGGCGCGGGCUCAAGACGCUCAAGGAUCACACCGAUCAGAACUAUCUGGGGUCGCUGCGGGAUAUGGAGGCGUACAUUGUCUCGCUUAAAGCCCUCCUCAAGACGCGCGAGCAGAAGCAGCUCGACUUCGAAGCGCUGGUCGACUAUCGAAACAAGGCGGUGGCGGAGCGGGACUCCCUCGCCUCUAACCCCUCUUCCUACUAUGCCUCCAACCCGCUGACCUCUUCCCCGGCCUCGUUCAUCCGGUCUAAGAUGGAGGACAUGCGGGGUGUCGAUCACGAGCAAUCGCGACGCGAGCGGGUGCGGAAGUUGGAGCUCCGCAUCGACGAGCUCACGCGCGAGGUCGAGUCGGCCAAGACAACGUCGGAGAUGUUCGACGAGGAAGUCGUGCGGGAAGUGGCAGACUUUGAGCGCAUCAAGGCCGUAGAGUUCCGGGAUACGCUUGGGGCAUUGGCCGAGAAGCAGAUCGAAUUCUACCAGGGAGUACUGAAUACCUGGGAACGAUUUGUGGCUGAGAUGGAGGGUGAUCUGGAAGAAGAGCAUGACCCAGGCAUGGAGGAGAGGUGAUAACUUUUACUACUACUACAACCACCAUUGCUACAUUUAGGUACUACUGAUUAUGACACUGUGAUAUCGCACUAGCCAUGUUCUUUUUGUUCGCUUCAUGAGGGUUUUGAUUGUCUUAUUACCAUUACGGAAGGAGACUGUUGCUUCAUGAAUGAAAUAAUCAUCACG